GAGGCCGAGUAUGAGGAAGGCGAGCGCGGCUUCCUGGUCACCGGAAUGACCUGCCAAAACGCUCUGCGAGGAUUGAAGGAUUUGCGACUUUGGCUGGAAGUGGAGGCUGCAGAGGAGGAACAACCCGCCGCCAAAGAGGCGCGAGGUGUCGCUGAGAGUUUGGAUGCAGAGCUUGCAGAGUUACGAAGCGACCCUACGCAGAGGCGUUUCGUGACAAUCGGGAUGGUCUGCAAGGAGGUAGCCUUCCUACGUCUGCAGCGGGCCUCUGAUGUUCCGUCCAAGCUGGCUUGCCAGUGCUUGGCAUCGACUGCAAAGAAGCGAUUCGUUUCGCGCUUUGCCGACCGUGUCCUUCCAGUGGAUGCGUCUGCACGGCCAAAGGCGGAAAGCUUCCGAAGUCUAGCCGAAGACACUUUAUCUCCUCAUUCGGGCCGGCCCUGGCGCUUGCUGUACGAAGCCUUCCGCGGCGGGUGGAACACGGUUUCCAAAGAGGAUGCAAUGGAAGCAUGCAAACAGCACCUGGGGGCAGAUUGCCAAAGUGUCAGUGAGCCCGAGGUGGCGGUCGUUUGCACGGUGCAGCCGCGCUUCGUAGGAUUGGCUGUUGUCGAGAUGGAUGUCGACUUCCUGCGGGUGGAUGACGAAUGA